CCUUGAAAUCCAUGAGAAUUCAUCCCAUUGCACUCCAUUGGGGAUUGUCAUGGCUGGCCAUGGAUCAUCGAGUCUCCUCGUUUUCCUCCUCUUCUUGCUCCAUCUUCUUCUUGUCUCAUCCUUUCGAUUCUCCUUCUCGCCCCCUUUCACGGAGAAUGACAGGAUCCUGGUGGGAGGCAACGCAACCAAGACGGGGUCUUGCUUGCGCCUGACUUCCAGAUCGCGAUUCGAGACCGGGCGAGCAAUCUACGCGGAGAGAAUCAGACUCGUCGAUAGCAGCUCCAACACUGUUUCAUCCUUCAGCACCAACUUCAUUUUCCGGAUUCGCCAGGGCCUGAUCUCCGCCGAUGGCCUCGCGUUCUUUCUCACCUCCUCCACCGAGGACCCGCGAGUUCCACCGGAGGAGAGCUCUGGCCGCCAAUUGGGCUUGAUAUCGGCGAACAGAGAUGGAUAUCCGAGCAACCAGAUGGUGGCGGUGGAGUUCGACACAUACCCAAACGUGAACGAGACGCAAGACCAGCACGUCGGCAUCGACAUAAACAGCGUGAGGAACUCGUACCGGGUGGCGAAUCUCUCGUCCAGCGGGCUUCAAUUCACCAACAUGACGCUCAUGUCCGCCUGGAUCGACUACAGCAGCAGCAGCAGCGUUUUGGAGGUGAGAUUGGGCUACUUUUACGAGCCAAGGCCCGACGAGCCGAUGGUUUCAGGCGUGGUGAGACUGAACGAUUUCUUGGGUGAUCGCGUUUGGGUUGGAUUCUCAGCCGCAACGGGUGCUUUCGCCGAUGGCUAUGAAGUUCUUGCAUGGGAGUUUGCUGCUGGAGGUUUCAAUCCAGAGAUCUCGCCACCUUUGCUCUCCCCGUCACCGUCACCUUCACCAUCACAGUCACCACCGUCACCUUUACCCGCGUCUCCUGACUCGUUGGAGCCACCGUCACCACUUUCACCCCCACCUUCAUCGCCGCCGUCACCACCAGCACCAGCACCAACACAAAGCUCUCCUUCCACCACUCCAUCUUCAUCACAACGUAGAAAGCCGUGGCCAUGCGCUUUGAUGCUCUUGUUUGCGCUAGCUCUAGUAUAACCUGAGCAUGGCUAUUAUAAAAUAAAGAAUCAAUCUUUUUUAUGCUA